GUCCGCACUUCCUGCCGUCAACCACUCAAAACAGGUCAAGCUUGACCCCACCUCAACUACCCCGCCACAUAAAUUUUGUGUGAUUGACUUUUCUCUCGAGAAGUGCUUUCUUUUUGCCCGACUCGACUCCCCUCCGCCCCUCGACCAUCAGCUCCCUGCCAAAUCGCGCGCAAAGAUGGCGUUCGGAAAGCUCUACACUUACUCGGGCAACCCCCGCUCUACGGCCAUCCGCGCCGUCGCGAAGGCCAACAACCUCGAGCUUGAGGAGGUCGAGGUCGACACCAAGAACCCGAGCGCGGACUUCCUGAAGGCCAACCCCCUUCACAAGGUCCCGACUUUCGUCGGCGCCGAUGGUUUCGUUCUCACCGAGUGCAUUGCCAUCGCUGUCUACGUCACCUCGCAGAACGAGAAGACCACCCUCCUGGGCAAGACCAAGCAGGACUAUGCCUCCAUCCUGAGGUGGAUGUCGUUCUUCAACAGCGAGGUGCUGCCCAAGCUCGGCAGCUGGUUCCGUCCUCUCCUCGGCCGCGACCCCUACAACAAGAAGGCUGUGGACGAUGCCUCGAAGGCUGUUGCCGAGGUCGUUGCAGUCGUUGAGGCUCACCUCCGCGACAACACCUACCUCGUUGGCGAGCGCAUCACCCUUGCUGAUAUCUUCGGCGCCGGCCUUAUCUCGCGUGGCUUCGAGUACUUCUUCGACAAGGAGUGGCGCCAGAAGAACCCCAACGUCUCGCGCUGGUACGAGACUGUCUACAACCAGCCCAUCUACUCGGCUGUCGUUCCUCCAUUCGCACUUCUCGAUACCCCCAAGUUGACCAAUGUCCCUCCCAAGAAGGCUGAGCAGCCCAAGCCCGCUCCUAAGCCGGCUGCCGAGCCCAAGCCCGAGGCUGAGGAGCAGGAGCAGCCGGCCCCCAAGCCCAAGCAUCCUCUUGAGGCCCUGCCCAAGCCUACCUUCGCUCUUGACGAGUGGAAGCGUUAUUACUCGAACAACGACACCCCCGUCGCCCUGAAGUGGUUCUGGGAGAACGUCAACUUCGAGGAGUACUCGAUCUGGAAGUGCAAGUACAAGUACAACGAUGAGCUCACCUUGACGUUCAUGUCGAACAACCUCAUCGGCGGCUUCAACACCCGUCUCGAGGCUUCCCGCAAGUAUGUCUUCGGCUGCGCCUCGGUGUACGGCACCAACAACGACUCCAUCAUCCAGGGUGCCUUCGUCAUCCGCGGCCAGGAGUACAAGCCCGUCUUCGAUGUGGCUCCCGACUACGAGAGCUACGAGUUCAUCAAGCUCGACCCCUCCAACCCCGAGGACCGUGAGUACGUUGAGCGGGAGUGGUCGUGGGACAAGCCGAUCGUUGUCGACGGCAAGGAGUACCCCCACGCCGCCGGCAAGGUCUUCAAAUAAAUUCAGAAUAAGCCGAACGCAUGACAGGCCGGUCGUAGCAGUGUGCUAGACCAUGGGACAUGACUGAUGAACGGGAAUGGACUGGGAAUCAAGUGGGAUCUGGGUCCGCUGGUGGUUUGUUGUGAUUUUUGAUAUCACCAGUAGUCAACGCGAGUACGGAAAUGAC